AUGAAACCCUGGCGUUCUCUCCACCGGAGAAGCUCCUUAUGGCGACGGAUCACAACCCUAGAACCCUCGCACUCUCUCUCCUCCUCCUCCGCCGCCGCCGCCGCCGCUUUCUGCACCGACACCCACGCCGACGCAGCUCAAACCUCCCGCUUCAAGGUCUUCGAUCGCGACUUCCGACGCAAACAGCUUGAUCGAGCUUCGUGGCUGAUGCGUUCCAAAGAUUCGUUUGUUGAUUCCGUCGCUGACAACUUGUUAGAUCGAUUGGAGGAUUGUAAGAAAACAUUUCCAACUGCAUUAUGUUUAGGAGGUUCUUUGGAAGCCGUCAGGAGAUUGCUCCAUGGUCGAGGUGCUAUUGAAAAGCUCAUUAUGAUGUCUGCAUCAUAUGACAUGGUAAAACGAUGUAGAAAUGCUGAGGAUGAGGUACAUAAUGAAAAUAUUGAAACAUCCUUCAUGGUUGGUGAUGAAGAGUUUUUACCCAUUAAAGAAAGUUCUCUAGAUCUGGUAAUAAGUUGUUUAGGCCUUCAUUGGACAAAUGAUCUUCCAGGAGCCAUGAUACAGUGCAGAUUGGCAUUAAAACCAGAUGGCUUAUUCUUAGCAGCAAUUCUUGGCGGAGAAACCUUAAAAGAGCUAAGAAUUGCAUGCACUGUGGCACAAAUGGAGCGUGAAGGAGGCAUCAGUCCAAGGAUAUCGCCUUUGGCACAAGUGCGGGAUGCAGGAAAUCUUUUGACCAGGGCAGGCUUUACCCUACCAGGUGUUGAUGUUGAUGAAUAUGUAGUGAGAUAUCCAAGUGCUCUGGAUCUCAUAGAACAUCUCCGUGCAAUGGGUGAAACCAAUGCCCUUCUACAAAGGAACCCUAUGCUCAAAAGAGAUACAGCCUUAGCCACUGCAGCAAUUUAUGAUUCUAUGUUCGCAGCAGAAGAUGGCACCAUCCCUGCAACCUUUCAGGUUAUUUAUAUGACUGGUUGGAGAGAGCACUCAUCUCAGCCGAGGGCCAAAAGGAGAGGAUCGGCCACCGUAUCUUUUCAGGAUAUCCAGAAACAGUUUGGAAGUGAGACUAGUUGAUCUCUAUAUCCUUGAGUUAUGGGCGUUUAGCCGUUAAGAAUGGAACUGAAUGUGACCUUACAUGGCGUGUCAAGGUUUAGGUCUAUUAAAGUUUUAGACAGUGUAGAGAUUUUCAUUCCUUGUAGCCAGUGGUCAGAUGUAUUGCAUCUUCUGAGACCUAAAGCUCAGAUGUUUCUUUGGUUUUUCUUCUCGUGUUGCAUAUUCUUGAACAUGGCAUGCAUGAAUGAUCUAGUUCAUGCUACGAUUAAUCAAAAGUUGCGGGCUUUCGGCCAAAUGCAACUGAUGAAGAUCAGAAGUUGGAAUGCAAACUAGUUCAUGCUACUCUUAUUGA